AUGAUCAUCACCACCACUGUCACACCUAAGAUGCUCAGCCUUCUCAUCACAAAGAAAAAAACCAUCUCCUUCUUUGGAUGUGCUGUUCAGCUAACACUGUACUUCCUUUGUGGGACCACAGAAGUUCUCCUAUUAGGAAUCAUGUCUGUGGAUCGCUACUUGGCCAUCUGCAACCCACUGCGCUACACAGCCAUCAUGAGUAACCAGGUCUGCAUGCUGAUGAUGCUUUCCUGCUGGUUUGGAAGUUUCUUUUGUGUUGCAAUUAGUGCCGUUUUCAAGUCAGGCCUUCCUUAUUGUGGCCCCAAUGUCAUUGAUCAUUUCUUCUGUGAUACUGGCCCCUUGUUAAAGUUGGUCUGUGCAGACACCACUCUGGUUGAAACCGUAGAAUUUUCCUCAUCCUGUUUCACACUCCUGAGUUCCGUCUCUGUGACAGCUGUCUCCUACCUGAGCAUCAUGUUCACUGUGGUCAGGAUGCCUUCAGCGCAAGGCAGGAGGAAAGCCUUCAGCACAUUCAGCUCCCAUAUCACUGUGGCCACCCUCUAUUAUGGCAGCUCCAUAUUCAUCUAUGUCAGACCACCUGGAAGCUCUUCUAUGGAUUUUAAUAAGGUGGCCACUGUGUUCAACUCUGUGGUAACUCCAUUCCUUAAUCCACUUAUCUAUAGCUUUAGAAACAAAGUGGUCAAGGAUGUUUUGAAAGAUGCAGUGAAGAAAAUUGGUGCAAUAUUUAGGAAAACAGUCGAUUAG